AGGAAAAGAAAGGGAGAGGAUUUGGCAUUAAUAACCCCAGCAGCUCAGUGCUGAAGUGAUAGAAACUGGUGUGUGUUGCAGAAGAGGCUGGUGACAGGUAUCAAAGGAAAAAGGUUCAGAAAAUACAGCACAAAAAGUUUUUCCCUUUGUCCUGCAUUUUUGGGGGGGGUUUCCACCCUUUUUGCCUCCCAGUUUGGGAGCACACUGUUAAUUCAUAAAGCUGGUGAGCCAGGACUGCAUCAGCAGAAAUGUCAUUUUUGGAGAGCUCCAGACUGGCCCCUGCUCCUCUGAAACUCUUGCAUUUAGAAAAAAAAAAAAAAAUGUUUUCUGCUGUUCUUGAUAUUUUCUUAUAAUCUAUGUGUGCUUAAUCCUUCUCUGUGUCAUGCUGAGCUUAUGGAAAAAGAAAUUUAGGGGCUUUAUUCCAAGGAAAAUUGGGAGUUAGCAGCUUUUACCAGCCCUUACAGCAGGGCGUGUGUUCCAUUCAGUGAUUAGGAGAGGCAAAAGGGAAUAAUGCUGCUGACUUUGUGCAGGAUCUGAGUCUGGAGCUCCUGGUCCCACUCUUGAGUUGUGCCUCUGAUUUUGGGGCUCUUUCAGUCUUUUUACAAAGCAAGGACUUCUGCAGGUGGCCCAAAGCAUUUUUGCUCAUUUGUGGUUUGGGUUUUUCCCUGGCUGAUGUGGGCUUGACCUGGGUGCAGAACAUCAGCAGCUGAGCCUGACAGCAGCUCUGCCCCAGAAAAGGUAAGAAAAGUUAUUUUUUAAAAUGGAUAUUUCCAGGGGGACUCCAGACCUACUUCCCUGCCUCCCUGAGCUCUCUGGCACGCAGCCCUCAUCUCCUGGAGCUCUUCAGAUAAUUACACUCAUUAAAGGAGAUGCCAGGUUAAUUCUGAGGCAGUAAUUAGGUUUUGGCAUAGGAGUAACCACGGCUUGAUGUCUGGGAAACACAAAGGAUUUGCACCAGGGUCAGAGGUGUGAACAGAGGGACCCCAAAACCAACCCAUGGCAGGGUGGAGGAGGGAUGAAUCUGGUGGAAAUAGGGACUUGAAAAAUACAGAGUUUGGGAUUGGGAUCCCAGACCUUGGCCACCUUCUUCAUAGAAUGAUAAAUAACACGGAGAACAAACAUUUCCACCUCCCCUGCAGGAUCCCAAUCCCGGACCUUGGCCACCUUCUUCAUAGAAUCCCAAUGAUAAAUAACACAGAGAACACACUUUCCACCUCCCCUUUAAAAGAUUUUAAAGACUAACUGGCAAGCAGAAAUAUAAAAUAAUGUAUUUUCUAUAUAAAAUGAUGUGGAGGCGUGCCCAGAGGGUGAUAAACGUGCCUGGGACAGUGGAGGAACAGAUAAAGAGGCUCCAGUGGGUUUUUGGUAAAUUAUGUAAAAAGAAGCAACAGAAAGAAAGUUAGAAGAGUUUAUUCCUGCCAAUUUUGGUGCCAUUUCUGGUGAACCCACACUGGACAACUGCCUGGUGUCCCCUGAGGCUCUGGGAUUUUCCAUGCUGGAGAAAAUGACAGAUUCCCCUGGGAUUCCUUUGGGACACAGAGCAGCUGACCCAGCUUCAGAAUGUGACUCAUGGCCCCUCCAGCAAAGGGAUCAGGAGCAGUUUCUGGGUUGGUGCAAGAGCCCCACGGGAGGCAGAGGUGAUGAAGAUGAGAGGAACCUGGCUGGCUGUGACCCUGGGACAGCUGCUGGCUCUGGGACACAGGCACAAAUGGAAAAACAUGAUGGAUUCCAGGAAGUUCAGGCUGUUUGCCUGCCUGCUGGGGCUCAGCAGUGCCAGCCUCUGGCUUUUCCACACCUGGACCGAGCUGUGCCUGUUCUGUGAGAGCAGCCAGGGCUACCUGCUCCCCACGGAGCCCUUCAGGAGGAUGGAAGGGAACUUCUCCCAGCUCCCAGACGUUGACUGCCACAAGGACCCCCCUUUCCUGGUGCUGCUGGUGGCGUGCUCGUUCCAGCAGCUGGAUGCCAGGAUGGCCAUCAGGCACAGCUGGGGCAGGGAUAGGACGGUGGCUGGGAAGCGCCUGGUGACCCUGUUCCUGCUGGGGAGCCCUGGGGAGCCCAGCCAGCAGGCUGGCCUGGCUGCUGAGAGCCAGACGUACAGAGACAUCAUCCAGAAGAACUUCACAGACACCUACUACAACCUGACCCUGAAAACCAUGAUGGGCAUGGAGUGGAUGCACAGGUUUUGCUCCCAGGCCAGCUUCGCCAUGAAAACCGACACGGACGUGUUUGUCAACGUGUUUUACCUCACCGAGCUGCUCCUGAGGAAAAAGAAGAGCACUGGGCUCUUCACAGGGUUUUUAAAACUGCACGAGUACCCCAUCAGGACAAGAAGGAGUAAGUGGUAUGUGAGUAGGGAAGAGUAUCCAGGAGCGACCUACCCACCCUUUUGUUCCGGGACUGGAUAUGUUUUAUCCAGCGACGUGGCCAGCCAGAUCUAUAACAUUUCUGAGAGUGUUCCCUUCAUCAAACUGGAGGAUGUGUUCAUAGGGCUGUGCCUGGACAAAUUAAAGAUUCAGCUGCAGGAGCUGCACUCGGAGCAGACGUUUUUCCCAGAAAGGAUCAGGUUCUCUGUUCCUCGCUUCAGGAAAAUCGUGACGUGCCAUGGGAUCAAACCUGCUGAGCAGAUGAGCUACUGGAACCACCUGGUGGCAGCCACCCAAGGAGGAGUGCUGUAGCACCCUGCCCUGCCCCACUGAACAGACUGAAAUUCUCUGCUUUUACAGGGCUGCUCCCCACUCCAGCAAAAUCCCAACGAACUCCAGCUCUGUCAGGUUAAAGGAUUCAGAAAUGGUUAUUUUAAUCCCAGGAUCAGAGAAUGGUUAAGGUGGGAAAAGAUCUCCAAGAUCAUUGAGUCGAACCUUUGACCAAACACCAGCUGUCAACUAAGCCAGAGCACUGAGUGCCACAUCCAGUCAUUCCUUGAAUACAUCCCUAGGCAGCUCCUUCCAGUGCCCAGUGAUUUCCCAAUCCAGUCAUUCCUUUCCUUCCUUUCCUUUUCUUUUCAAAUCCUUCUUGGCAAUGAUUUCCCACAUCCAGCCAUUCCUUGAGCACCUUCCUGGGCAGCCCCUUCCAGUGCCCAAUGAUUUCCCAAUCCAGUCAUUCCUUUCCUUCCUUUCCUUCCUUUCCUUCCUUUCCUUCCUUUCCUUUUCUUUUCAAAGCCUUCUUGGCAAUGAUUUCCCAAUCCAGUCAUUCCUUUCCUUCCUUUCCUUUUCUUUUCAAAUCCUUCUUGGCAAUGAUUUCCCACAUCCAGUCAUUCCUUGAGCCCCUCCCUGGGCAGCCCCUUUUAGUGCUCAACCACCCUUUCUGUGAAAAAACUCCCUAUUUCUGCCCAAAAAACCUGCAAACCUCCUUCUCUCCAUUCACUCCCACCUCUGUGCAUUCCUUCUCUACACAAGUUACAAUUAUUUUUUCCCUGAAAUAUCCAGGCCUGCUAACUCACCCUCUAAACCUUGCUGCCAGAGUCCUGGGAACAUUUCUGCUGUGCCAAACAAGAAAAAAAAAAAAAAAAAAAAAAAAAAAGUCAAAGCACUUUUGUUCAGGGAAUAAAAUCUGCAGCAUCUUCUUGAUGAAUUGCUGCACCCAUCUGUGCAGGCACUUAAGGGAUGGCAUUUGUAGCUGUCAGGAUGCCUCCUCCUGGCACAGGGAGCUGCAGCCCUGCCCUUGCAGCCAGCUCUGAGUGGGCUGAGCUGCAUCCUGGCACAGAUCCCUCCUUCAUCUACACAGAUUUUAUUUUAUUUUUGCAGAGAUGGCAGAAAUUGCCCAUGCAAUGCUCUCAGGACAACCUUGGGCAGUGCAGGUCAGCUGGUGGAGGUGCAAAAGCUGCUGCAGCUCUUUCCUUGUCUGUGCUUCCUGCUGAAAAUAAUCCAGCGGUGGAGCCAGUGCAGGGUGUCUGCUCUUCCCAUUAAACAGACCCUGGAGACAUCUUUUUAUAUUUGUGUCUCGCUUGGAUUGCCUGAGAGCUGCUGUGAAUGGCUUGCCAAGGCGAAACCAGAGUCACUUACAGUGAUUUAGACUUUAGACUUUUUUUUUUUUUUUUUUUCCAAAGAGAAACUGGGUGUGUGAGGGAGAAGACAGGAGGAUUUUUCUCCUUUUAUAACAAGACCGAGUGGAAAUGUGCUCAAGUAAUCAUUCAGGCUGGGAGUGCUAUUUCUUAUUUUCACUCCCAGGCAAGGACUCAUGAAAUCUUUGGGAUGAUGAUAAGUUUCAGAGAUAAGGAGAGGGGUCUUUACAGCAGAUGCUGAAAAAUCCCUCAGGGCUCUGAGGAGGGAGAAGGGAGCUGAGAAAUCCUCCCUUAUGCAAUGGUCCUGUUUGAUUUUCCUGCAGGCACAGUUAGAGCUGAUAACACAGGUCAGUGUUAUCAGCAUGGAAUGCCUGUAAUGUCUGUGGGAAGGGUUUUUUCUAAAAAAGCAGUGAAAGUGGAGCUGUUCCCAAGGGGAGCUGAGGGGAUCCAGCAUAGGAAAAGCUUGGAAGAAAGGCAGGAAAAACAGAUUUUAUUGUUUUGGAGUUAUUUAUUUUUAUUGUUUCUUUUCAUUGAAGAGAAGGGUCUUUCUCUUUCUUUCUUUCUUUCUUUCUUUCUUUCUUUCUUUCUUUCUUUCUUUCUUUCUUUCUUUCUUUCUUUCUUUCUUUCUUUCUUCCUUCCUUCCUUCCUUCCUUCCUUCCUUCCUUCCUUCCUUCCUUCCUUCCUUCCUUCCUUCCUUCCUUCCUUCCUUCCUUCCUUCCUUCC